CUCAUUUAACUUAGUUUUAGGUUCGAUGUUCUAGUUUAUAAGACUUGUGCAUCAUAAUUACUCCUAAAAGUACAUUCUUGUAAUUAUAACGAUGUGUUAUGGUUCUUGAAGCUGUCUAUUAGUUUGCUUUCGGGUUAAAUGAAAAUUGAAAUAUCGAUCGAUUAGGGAUGUCGGUUGUACUGUGUAAUAUGACUCCAGUUAAAGGGAAUGAUAAUAAUAAUAAUAACGACAAUAUUAGUGAGGAUUCCAAUCCAGUUACUUUAUACAGGACAAUGCUCAUCUGACAACAAGUCUUAAUGAACUAGACUAUAAACUAAUAAAACUAAUUAAAAAUGGUAGUAAUUAAACUUAUACUAUAGCAACCGACGAUGAAACUGUAAAGAGGUCAUAUUGAAGUCAAACACAUCGCUGAAUUCGUUGAAACGGCGAGUCAUUGCCAAAAUCGGGCUGUUGCUAGCAUAGUUGGUAUUCCGCAGAUCAGUGUGCAGUAAUGAUCGAGGCCGAAGAACACGUGCUGUAGCAUACAGAUUAAUCUGUGAUAGAAGAUCCGGAACAUCAUAUUCAGCCAGUAAUAGCUUAGAUACAAAAGUGGCUUGUGAAGCACGUCGACGAUCAGCUAAAGCUUUAAUCCCCAAUAGUUGACAACGAUCUUCAUACGGUGGAAGGCUCAACGGGUUACUCCAUGGUAGUUCCCGUAAAGCAUAACGCACGAAUUUACGUUGCACAGCUUCUAUCCUUUGAAUCCAUAUAGCGUUGUAUGGACACCAAACAACAUUCGCAAAUUUCAGCUGUGAACGAACCAAUGAGCAAUAUAGCGAUUUUAAACAAAGUGGGUCACGAAAUUCACUCGAGAUUUUAAAUAUGAAUCCAAGUAAACGGUUUGCUUUGUCAAUCGUUGCUGAAAGAUGGCGGGUGUACGUUAGUUUCUCAUCCAGAAUAACACCUAGAUCUUUGACGUGAUCAACGCGUUGCAGUUGAGUGCCAGCGACGGUGUAAUUAAAAUUAAACAUGCUUCUCGUACGAUGAUAGCUUAUGACGGAACAUUUAGAAACACAGAGAUCCAUUUUGUUUCUUACACACCAUUCGUAAAACAUAUUAACAAGAUUUUGCAACUCACGGCAAUCAGCUUCUUUGCGAAUAACGAGAAAUAUUUUCAAAUCGUCAGCAAACAAUAAUUAGCCACCAUGUCUUAGGACAAAUACAGCAUCGUUCACAAACAACGAAAAAAAAAGUGGUCCUAGAGUACUUCCCUGAGGAACUCCUGAGAUACUUGCAAAUGGUUCAGACACAGUAUUUCCAAUUUGUACGACAACUUUACGGUUAACGAGAUAUGUUCGGAGCCAUUGACAAAAUCUGGUCGUAAAUCCUAGUUUGCCCAGCUUGGUUAAUAAAAUUUCGUGAUUCACAGAGUUAACAGCAGCUUUUAGGUCAGUGUAGACCGUGUCUAUCUGGAAUUUGUUGGACAUUUGCUCGGUGCAAAACGAUGUGAAACAAACGAGAUUUGUCUCAACCGACCGACCAGGGAAGAAUCCAUGUUGGCAACUGCUAAUAUAAUGGCGACAAGCUGAUAAUAGAGUAGUAUUAAUGAUUGAUUCGAAGAUCUUAGAUUCAACACCCAGCGACGUGAUUCCUCGGUAAUUAACGACGUUACACUUGUCACCUUUUUUAUAAAUCGGGAACAUUAUAGACCGUUUCCAAUCAGUUGGAAAUGAUUGCUGCUGGAGCGACAAAUUGAAGAUAUGCGCUAGUGGCACUGCUAAAAUGUCCGAACAUUUUUUCAAAAUAGCGGAUGGCAUGGCGCUGAUACCUGGAGCAUACAACAACUUGAUUUUCUUAACGGCUGAAAUAACCAUUUGCUCGAAGAUAUGAAAAAUGUCCAUAUCAAUUACAUCAGCGGGAACAUCACGAGCAGCGUUUUCAAGUUCGAUGGCAGUAGUUUCGUCACAACUCUUUGUAAAUGGAAAGGAGCCUGGAAUUAUCGAAUACCGAUUAUUACUGGGGAAAUAAUGAAAAUGUUUGCGAUCGCGUCAAAACAAAGGAAAAGAAGGUGUCGAGCUCCAAUAGCGUCCUUAGAUUGUAUGGAGGAAUUUAGUGGUACGACAGCUCAGCUUGAUUUCGGGCGCUCCAUCAGUUUGGGUUCCAAUCCGAUCCUUCCAGUGCGUAACAAUGCAAUAACUCCUGGAUUGCGCUACAAAAACAUUGGAAAAAGUGGUCUAAGAGUAUCUAACGUCGGUCUUGGCACAUGGCCAAUGUUUUCACCAGGAGUUUCAGAAGAACAAGCUGAAUCGAUUUUGCGCUUGGCUGUUGACAAUGGCAUUAACCUGUUUGAUUUAUCAGAAGCUCAUUCAGGCACUCGAGCAGAGUUGGAAUUAGGAAAAAUUAUUCAGAAAGCUGGUUGGAAACGUACAAGUUUCAUCAUUACUACUAAAAUUUAUUGGAGUACUAAAUCCGAAGAACGUGGUUUAUCAAGAAAACAUAUUAUAGAGAGUGUGCAGGCUAGUUUACAGCGAUUGCAAUUGUCAUAUAUCGAUAUAGUUCUUAUUCAUAAAGUUGAUUCCAUGUGCCCAAUGGAAGAAAUAGUUCGAGCCAUGAAUUAUAUUAUUUCCCAAGGAUGGUCUAUGUAUUGGGGGACUGCUAGGUGGUCUCCGGUAGAGAUAAUGGAAGCUUACACAAACUGUAGGCAGUUCAACUGUGUGACCCCAAUUGUAGAGCAGGCGGAAUACCAUAUGUUCUGUAGGGAAAAGGCUGAAUUAUAUCUUCCCGAAAUGUAUAAUAAAAUUGGUGUUGGCUUCAUGGCAUGGGGACCACUAUCGAUGUGCUUAGGAGACACAUACAAUGCUGACCGGAUGUGGUUACCAAAGAAUUCCUUUAAAACAAAAAGUCAAAGUUAUUCAUGGACAGAAGACGAAGUCAACAAAGAAGAACGAAUCGAAGAAACUCGAAAGAUACUUGAUAAAUCUCGAGAUAUAGGCACUCUUGCAGAAAAACUUGGAUGUAAUGCAAUGCAGCUGUCUAUAGCUUGGUCAUUAAAGCACGAACCCGUACAAUGUUUAUUGUUAGGAGCCACUUCUGUUGAGCAAUUGCAUCAAAGUUUACAAGCUUUACAGCUUUUGCCACGAUUAUCAACUGGCGUUAUGUUGGAAAUUGAACGCAUUCUAGAUAACAAACCUGUAAGGCCACCUCCAAUUUCCACACUUGCCCUUAGGUGACAAUCAGCAUGCCCUCCGGGACCACCAAGCUCCGCAGGUGUGCCUUGUGAGGAGGAUUCUACAAAAGAAGAAGUGUGCAUGGGAGAAGAUCAGAAAGAAUCACAAAAAGUCAGCUUUUGUGAAAUUCAGUGACAACAGGGGAGUUUCAACAGUAACAAAUUCUCUACGAUAUGUUCAAUAUUUUUGGAUAAUUCCAAAACCAUUUGUAGGACAGAUUCAGUAACAUAUGUUCAGGUUAUAGAAUCCUCUAACAGUUUUGAGAUUUCACUUUCGUCCAAUUUUCGCUUAGAUAGAAAUUUUGAAAAUACCUUUGUAAUUGAAAAUAAUACAAUAAAUUAUAAUAAGAAUGCACGCCAAUUAGAUCGUAAUAAGUCAAUUGAUUCCACAGUUGUUACUGCAAAUGAACAAGAAAAUAAAUCAAAAAGUAGUAAAUUUCAAAUUUAUCGAAAUUCAGGUUUACUUAAUUUUAAAUCUUUUGAUAUGGGCUUGAAAUCUAUUUAUGCAUUUCUUAAAUGUCACAAGAAUAGCAACAACAAAUGUCACAACGAAAUAUCACUACGUCAAAUAAAUAGUUGUGUCUUGCGAACACCGUAUCUGAAAGUUGAAAAUUUUGAAAAUAAGAACAAACGUAAACUACUUCUUACUUAUAAUCAAUCACCGAAUGGCUCACAGCAUCACAGAAGCUUUGAAACCAUCAGUUGUCGAUAUUUAAGUACAUAUAAUAAGAAUAAUUAUGAAAUAUUUCCAUCCCUACACUACUGUUCGCCUUAUCUAUCCGUAACCACUAACAAUAUUUAUCGCUCAUCCUCAAUGGGCAUCUUAGACAACGCCAACAGCAAUCGACAAGAAAGUGUUCAAAAAUCCUCUUUUAGAUAAAUGCCAGAUAACCGAAAAUCUAUUGCAUCAGAUAUUCUUCGUAAGGCUCGUGAACGUAAAGGAGACGAAGGAAAAACUGGUAUUCACAAGGCCGCAUUGCUAGAGGUGGAGCAAGAAGUCGUAGUAAUAGUACGGCGAAUUGAAGAAGUUAACUGAAGCAAUGAAAGUGCAAUCUAAAUACUAAAUAAUUCUCCUAUAAAAGUAUCGUGCAAAAAUUACUUUCAAAUAAAUACUUUUUGCGUUUUCAAAAUUUAAAA